GUCCAGUGCAGUUCUGUAGAGAGCGCCGGGAAAUAACAUUGCUGUGUCAGGAUGCAGACUGUUUCCAUUCGCCCGCUGCUGGGAUGCCUUGUGUGUGUUGCUGUGCUCCUCUUGGACUUAGGAACGUGUACUGCAGCACAACCAGAGCUGAGGAUAACAACAAUAAAGCAAGAUCCCUACACGAUGUCCAAGGGCUCUCAGCUGGAAGGCUACUGCAUGGACCUGCUCUCUGAGCUGGCCAAAAAGAUGGGCUUCAGGUUCAAAGUGCACCUGGUGAAGGACGCAUCUUAUGGUCGACAGGACGAGAGUGGGAACUGGAACGGGAUGAUCGGAGAGGUGGUUAGAGGCGAGGCAGAUCUGGCGGUGGCCCCUCUGACUCUGACAGCUACUCGGGAGAAGGCGGUCGCCAUGACCAAACCCUACAUGCAGACGGGCAUCAGCAUCCUGCUGCGGAAAGACGUCUCAGAGUCUGUCUCUUUCUUCGAUUUCCUCAGCCCUUUCUCAGCCCAGACCUGGAUCGGCAUCCUCCUGGCCUACCUAGGAACGGCCUUCUGCAUCUUCUUGUCCGCCAGACUCAGCCCUUGCGAGUGGAGGUCAGGGGAGGAGAACAACUUCAGCCUGCUCAACAGCUUGUGGUUCGCAGCUGGAGCUCUCACCCUGCAAGGCGCGGGCCCUCACCCCAAGGCUCUCUCUGUGAGGAUUGUCUGCUGCAGCUGGUGGCUGUUUGCUGUGGUGCUGCUGGCCUGCUAUUUCGCCAACCUGAGCUCCUCCAAGGCCUCAGAGUCCUCCCAGGUGACGGUGAAAGGAUUCGAAGACCUGGCCAAUCAGGACGGGAUGGAGUACGGCUGCCUGGCCGGCUCCUCCACCCUUGCCUUCUUCAAAAAUUCCAACAACCCAGCCUACCGCAGAAUCUUCGAGCACAUGGAGAGGGCCAAUAGUUUUGUGGCGUCUAUGGACGAGGGCGUCCGUCGGGUUAGGGAGGGGAACUUUGCGUUCAUUGGAGAGUCUGUGUCGCUGGACCUGGCGGUGGCUCGCCACUGUAACUUGGUCAGAGCGCAUGAGGUCAUCGGAAUGAGAGGGUACAGCAUCGUAGCCCCAAUAGGCUCGCCUAUGAUAAAGAACCUCAGCGUAGCCAUCCUGCAGCUGAGUGAGGCUGGGGAGCUGUCCUACCUGCGCAGCAAGUGGUGGGCCAGCAGCUGCCUGGCGGACUCAGCCAGGUCCGCCGCCCUCCAGCCCCACAGCCUGAAGGGCAUGUUCCUGGUGCUGGCCCUGGGGCUGCUGCUGGGCAUAGUGCUGGCUGUCUUUGAGCUCACCUCCAGGAGCCGCAGCACCGCCGGCGAUCAGAGGAAAUCGUGCUGUACUGUUCUGGCUGAAGAACUGAGUCAACGCUUGAAGACCCCUAACACAAACACAUCUCAGGAGCCCUCGGACAAAGAGAGCGCAUAA